AUGGACAAGAAACCGACAGGAAAGGGUCGGGGAAGAGUUGAAAGGGAGAAAGAACCGCCCGUGGCCUAUAAGAAAAGCAUUUUGGCGGCUUUUGCUCGACAGAACAGCGGAAGAGUUAGUUCAAGCAUUUUUUGAACGGAGGGAAAGUGUUUUCCAGAAAUGUCCGGUUUGCGACGGCCAAAUCGCGAUCGCCGAGUACCGCAGUCACCUCGACGAAUGUCGUGCUCCCGCCGGCGACGACUGUCAGGUAAAGAUCGACCUCUGACUAUUUGCUUAUUGAAUUAACUUAUUGAACAUUAUGUCAGAACUGACUUUCUGCUGCUCGAAACAGAAAAGAUUGAAAAUUGAAAGAAACGAAGAAAAAAGCGAAAAUCUGAAAAAUGGCGAAGCCUGUUGUCCAUGGAGCAACUUUACUGCAAAGCGCCCUUUUUGCGGGAACUCAAGCUUUCCUUUCUCCAACUUUGAAUUAUUUUUUCUCCAAAACUAGGAACUUCUGUACGUUUCCAAGUUCACCGUUCAAUUCGCAAUUAAAAGCUUUACAAAGUACUUUGAACUGAAACACCGUUUUUUUUACUGCCCCUAUGCCUUUAAGGGAAAUUCCAAUAUUUUUGCUUUUAUGAUUGAUUCUUGAAGACGCUGCCUUUAUCGCGAAAUAAACUUGAAAUUCAAUUCCAAUGAUCAAUUUUUUUUAGAACUUUUCAUGGUUCAGGUCAUUUGCUCGUACACAAAAGAACAAGCAAUCCUCUUGAGAGCCGGGUCGCCAGUUGUUCUCGACGAAAACGACUCAACGGAAAGUCCGCAGCCAAAGAGAACUCGACGUUCGAAGGUCUGCGAAAAAAGCUAUCCACAUUUCGGAUGGUUCUCAGAGGCUCGUGGUUGUGGAAGAGCUGGAGGUGAAGGUGGAAAAAGAGGAGGAAGUCCAGCUGAGCCAGGUCUCGCCUUUGAUCGAUCCUUCCGAGUUGUUCCGGGAAGAAGAAGACGAACCUCAACCUUCGACAAGUUUCUCUCUUCAACCACCUGAGGUGUCGACAUUGAGAAAAAGGUUGAGGUCGCAAAGAAAAUGUAAAAAAGGAAUUGUUCAAGGAGAUCUAGUCCAAAAACAUUCGACGGGGCCCGAGUAAAAGAUGAAGUCAUCACGGCACAAAAACUGGUCGAAAUGAUUGAUGUUGGUUUUCCUGAUCGAUUAUCUGUCAAAAAUAGGAAUUCAAGAGAUUGACGCCGAAAGAAGGUGGGAAAAAGGGAAGGAAAGAAGAUCCCGCCUUGGCCGAUGAGCCCGAAGAAGCCGUCCUGGCCAACUCUCCUUACUUUGUCACUUUCGCUCUGCGGAUCAUGAGACGGGUAAUCUGGCGACUCGGGAGAGCGAGAAGGUUCUAAUCGAAGCUUCUCAGGUUUUGACGACGCGAAGAUCUGAUGGAAGACUCUACGACGAGAAGUUCUGGCUCAAUUCUGACCUGCGGAUGAUGUCUAAAUUCCUGCAUUUCUCACAGUCUGCGCGACAAUUGUUCCUCAGACUUUUCUUAAGAAAGCCACAGUGGCUUUCCGUUGAGAAGCUCAAGCAAAGGUCUGGGGUCCAUGACUGAAUUUAGAAACAUAUGUUCUUUUUAGGUACUCUACGUUGGCCAACAUCGAUGAAAUUAUUGACGAGCUAAUCAAGUGUGGAUUUCUGGACAGCGGUUGGUCUUGGUUUUUGUUUUUCAAUUAAGUGGCGGAAGUAUGUGCUAGUACAAUGAUAAAUGAUUUAUUACGAUUUCCGUAGUUCUUCAGGCUAAGAUUUAAGCUCAGUUUCAGCCGUCACCUGGCUGUCUUUAGUUUGGCUGUAGUUCACAUAAACUGGAUUUUGACAUUGUUUCCUUAUUUAUAUAAAUGUAUUUAUAUGAAAUUUUAUUUUUAAUCUUUUUUUAAAUUUCAUCUAAAAAGCAUAUUGAGGGGUGAUCUCAAUGUUUCUGUAAGACAUGUCUCCGAUCGAAAUGAUCACGGGUGUGGAGUCCCUUUUUCAAAACAACGGUCCACAAAGCUUUCAGAUUUUCUCUUGUAUUGAUUGAUCGGUAGAGUUGGAACAUUUUAGAUACCUCACUGAAAAGCCUCGAAGAAGCUCUUGAAAUUUCGGAUUCACACGUUCUGAGGAAGGUUUCCAAAAAAUAUAAAUUGGAUUACAACAAGGUUAUAAAAAGAAUGAUGGCCGAGGAUUAUCAGAGCUUCAGGGGAAAAUUGAGUUGAGCAAGGCGUUGACGACUUUCGCCAGCUCACAAAAAUCCAUCUUUGGAACGACUGGAUCUGUCGCGUUAGGAAUGCUCAAAGAGUUUGGAUUUUUUUUUCUGGUCCGAAUAUUUUUCGUUCGCAAAUUUCAGACUCAAAGUGGAGAUCGGGAAAGUCGUGAGGGUGCAAAAAGACGUCAUAUUGUUUUUCAAAGUACGAAAUUUGUAUUUUCUUUGAAAAUUGAUAAGCCAUCUUUGAGGUGUUGAUGACGUUGUACGCUCCAACGGAAACGAACUCGGCUCUGGUCGUCGACUCGGCACGUUAUCACGUGUACCAGGAACUUCUGUUCGUUUCAUUGUUUUAGAAGAGAAAACAGCCGGUAACGUUUGGAAAUGUCGAGGGCCAGAGAAGAUUUCCAAACUUUCAGAAGUCUCCAUAAUACUUGAAAUUGGUUAAAGGCUCUUUGGUCGAAUUGGUUUUGAAGUCCUUAUGAGAACAUUAGAUAUUAGAAAUCUUAAGGAAAGAUAAGCUUUAAAGCUUAUCGAAGUUAAAAUUUGAAAGAAAAAGUAAUUAGUUUAAUAUUUAUGUUCGUUUUGAAAUCACAGCUUCACCAUGCUUCAAGUGGAGAAUGGCUCGAUUUUGCUCCCAGCACCGCGUCCAUGUCCCUCCAUCAUCAGCAUCUACGAGACCAGAGAAAACCUUUUCAAGUAGAUCGUCUUGGACUCAAUCCGCUCUAACUUUUCCGGCUCAGCUACGUCUCGGCCAAGGAGCUGGAGACGAGGAUCCUGGUGGCGACGGCGUUGGGGAAAGUCGAGGAAGCGUUCGCGAUGGCCUGCGACGCGCGUCAGAACCUGAUUUCCUGCAGUCCACAGAUGUUUGGGCCGAUAAACAGCCUCUCUCACUGACAAAGUUAUGCAGCAAGUCCGAUUUGUCCAAUUUACCCAUUCACACUCGGAAAUUCACGAUGGCUUGGGUUUUGAUGAGGUGUUGCGGCCACGGAUCUUCGGUUUUGGAAAAACAGAAGAAGUACUCGAUGGCUGUGGAAUGGCAACGCUUCUUGUUGCUCAGUGAUGGUUAUUUGCCUCGGAUAAUUGGAGUCACAGAGUAUUCGCAGAACUGAGAUCUUUCUGUCCCGAUAACCGUGGAGUCUGGUGGGAUCGGAUGACGCUCAACCUCGAUGCUCAUCUGAAGGACCGGGAUGAGGCGGGCGACAUGCUCAAACUCGCCAUGGAUGAUCCUCUACUCAUGGAUAAGGAGAGGCUGAUGCUGCAGGUUUUUCUUCUCGAAUAAAAUUGUAUUCGGUCUCGAUUUGGUAUUAGGACCGUGCCGAACGAACUCUAAAAGGAGAUUACGACAAGAAAAUCAACAUUGAUUCGCCUAGAAAGGUGAUUUACAAUGUCAUAGCUGUUUUAUUGGAAUAUUUUCAAGGUCAUUAUCAAAGCUCCAACUUUGACGAAGAAUCUGGGCGACGCUCGCGUCAAUCGCUUUAUGAUUCGCGACGGGUCUUCAGAAGUCGAGUGCAGCGUCGAGGAAGUCGUCAGAAGACGGUACAUGCAAAAUGAGGGAUUUUCUACAGGUGCACUUUGGAUUCACUGUUUGAAAGAAAGGAGUUAUUUCAGGUGUUCACGACGAAGGAGCAUCUUGGCACACGGUGUUCGGCACGAUCUUCUAUGACGUCAUCUUCGAUUGGAAACUAGAAGACGCUUGGCUCAGCGAGCUUCAGGUUUCUUUUCUUUAUCGUUGGCUUAAAGAAUCAAUUAUUAGUUUCAAAGGGUUGAAGUUGUAGAGUAAAUAUGGUAAAAUAUAUCCUUCUGUUAAUAAAAACUUUUUCGAUGGUUUAAAUUCCAGUCUUGUCCCACCGACAUGAACUACAGCCUGUAUGAACGUCGAGAAACUGCCUUCAAAGAGCGUUUCGAAUGGCUCGCCGUCGCAGAAGUCGAAGGUCUGAGGGAGUUGAUCGAAGAGACCUGGGAGACCCGGAGCCGGGAGUCCAACCGCGAGUGCGCUUGGACCAUCUUCGAAACUCCGCAGAACCUUCUGGCAAGACUAUCGGAUGGGAAAUGGAGGUUUUUCUCACGACUUCAGGAUUUCAUCACGUGUGUACCGCGCGACGCGCUGUGUGCUGUGCUGCAAAGAAUGGCGCGGAAUUACCGAAACUGUCGCUCCGGCUUCCCUGACCUCACUCUAUGGGACGCAGAGAAGAAAAUUGUCGCGGUCAGUUUUUGGGUUAUGCUUUUUGUUCAGUAUUACUGCGAAAAGGUUCAAAGAUCUGACUCAUUUUCAUAUUCUCUCGCAGAAGCUCUGUUUUUAUAUUCGGACUCUGUAAAUGAAACUAAUUAGUUGGACGGCUGGUAAGUUCUGCCAAGUGGGUACUAAUAAAUAUUCAAUAUUCAAUACUAUAAAGAUGCACCCGACCACGAAGCGACUUGCGCGCGUAAUUGAAACUUUUAAAAUCCGCAAUACAUCAGUUUCAAAAUGCACAGGUAAAAGUUGGGAAGCCUCUGCUUUCGGUUUCUCGGAAGGCAUUUCGAAGCUUUCCAGCAAAAUAUCAAAUGUCUUCCAAAUACCUUCCCAACACUUUUACUUAUCUUCCAGAAGCCUGCUGGAAGUCUACUGGCAGGCAUUCUCAUUUUUUUUUUUCAAGGACCUUCCAACUACCUUCUGAAUGCCUUCCCAAAGCUUUCUCAAGACCUUCUAGCUUCCAUUCACCUUCUAACCUCCUGCUGGUUACCUUCCCAACACCUUCCCAGGAUUCAUCUGAGUUUGCACUUUUAGCCUGAGUCGCAGCGGGACCGCCUCUUGUUGAUCUAAUCUUAUUAUAUUUUCCAAAAAAGCGUCAGAAUACAAUCAGGGCAUGAGAAUAAUUAAGAAAGAGGUACUUUGAGAUUUGAGAACUUUCAAUAAUGAUCUGAAUCCCAAAAUUUUAUGUCACAUUUCGGUCACAAGCUCAAUAAGCUUUUUGCGAAAUAUAUGUACAUAUGGUUAUAGAGAUAUUUAGAAAAAACCUCGAACCCUGAUUCCGACUGUAGCACUGGAAAACAGGAAUUUUUUCCUAGAACAGGUUGAACUACUAUAUUUUGUUGGGCACAAAGGUCAUUGAAACCGUUGUCCUUUGAUGAGAAAUGGGCCAUUUUGCGUAAUUUAUACGUAGAUUUAUGACUUUCAAGACCUGUUCCCAAAUAAGUGUUCUUUGUGACGGAAGUAAGAAAGAACACUAGGAACAUGAAGUUUUGUUUUUGUUAUUUUUUUUUUCGAUUUUUCGAAUUCAGGAGCACAAAUUUCAUCUGUUGUCUUACGAAGUAGCGUUUCGAAAAAAAGUUUAUCUAUUUAAUAAGGUAAGUUUAUUAGUUUCGAGUCAACUGUCGCUCGUGGGGAGUUCAUUUGUGAAGACUGCGCCCGACCAUGAAACGACUUGCGCUUGGUAGCAUAUAUAUCUCAUCUCACUUAAGGUGGAGCAGAAAAAAAAAAAGCAAAAGUCGCUUCUUUUUUUGAGUUUUUUCUUUCCAUUUACCUCCGAAAUUUUUCAAAAGCAGGACAAAGUAUUGAAAUUUUUUGCAGUAAAGACAUGUGACUUGAGGCAGCCAAGAAUGAAUGGUAUGUAUGAAAUUCGUAGUUUUGUUGAGUCAAGCACGUGCGGCUAAAAAGUUUCAAAACUUCUGAAAUGAAUCAUGGCUCCUCCUUACCGAUUCAGACUUUUGAAAUCACCCAGCGGGUCAAACUAGGAAAAAAUCAGUUCAUUGAGAAACCCCUGCUUGAUUCAUUCUAUUUACCAUCGAAAUGUGAGAAUCAUCAGUUCGUCGUCCGUCGUCCCAUUAUGACGUCACGUCUCGGGAUAUCAAGGCUAACCCGUUCAGUUCCGUUUGAUUUUUGUAGUAUAGACACGAGAGAAAUUCGUCGAAGCGUUUCGUCAUCCGAAAAAAUGUCCGAGGAGGAGGUCGCCGGUCAGAGAACAUAUCUGGAACUGACGAAACGACUUUUUUUAUAGUCGUGAUGAUUCGUGCAGCUUUAUGAUCGAUCGCAUUCCUUCACGGCAGAUUAAUUAAUUAAUUUAUUUUUUGACAGGGAUCCUUCUUAUUCGAAAAAUCGAAACAAGCUUCACAGUUUUUAAGCAAUUUUUUCGGACUAAAUUCUUUCGUUUCGCUUUCAUUUUCUACCAAACUCAGUGUACAUAUGAGUUUGGCGAUUUAUUCUUCCAGUUGAAGUAUUCCUUUUUACUAUUUCUGCCGUUUUUUUCAAGGUUUUUCGAGGACAUUUUUUUGGACGCAGAUUCUCAAAUAAGAUUAAAAAAACGGGUUAAAAAAAGUAAGAAAUGUUUGAUGAGAGAUAAUUCACUAAACAAUUUCAUGAGUCAUGUCAAGCGUAUCAAAUCUUUCCAUUUCCAAACGUUUUUUUCAGCCAACUUCGAAGCAUUCUAGUCAUAACGUUUCGUAUAGGGAAAGUCUUUUCGAUAGGAUUGCUACGCAGGAGUUCAUUCUCAGAGACUUUGAGGGUUUAUAACUAUAUUUAGUGAGGUAAAAAAUAAAGUAAUUUUAAAAAAGUGGGCGCUCUGAGACAUUUUUUCUGAGUUUGCAAAGUGUUCUGAAACGGACAUUUAUCUCUCGCCAUUUCCUUGUUAGGAGAGAACGAAUUGAAUCUUCUACGGCAACAAAAAAGGAAGAGAUACGAUUCUCCUAUCACAUUUAUUUUACUCUUGUCACUUCUGUCUCUAUUUUCGGAAACCUCCCACAGAAGGAUCGAAUUUUCGGAGAAGUAGGAUUGUUCGGGUUUCCCCCGGAAAACGUAGUUUGAUCUGACAAAGAUGAUCUCACUAAACAAUCACGUCUUUUCGCUGACGCACCAAGAAUCUGUUUUGAUACUUUUUUUUCUGAAAACAAUGUCAAAAUCAUGUCAUUUAACGCAUUGUUUUCCACCAAUUACAUUUUUUUCAAAUCUCGCGUGUAACUGCGUCAACUGAAGAGAAAGACAAAAAACCAGACGAAAAGGGAAAAAGAAGACGAAGAAACGAGCAGAAAUCAACCGUUUUCUCUCUUUCUUUCCGAGGCCUUUUGAACCGUUCUCUCGAUUCUUUCAGAGGUCGAGACCGAAAAAUGCUGGUUUUGGUACAACCAUUCUUGUUACUUUUGUGUCUUGAUGUCGUCUUCGGCGAGCAGGAAAAGACAGGCGGUAGUGAGACCGAGGUGUUCCGCGACGCGAACUUUGAAGCGAAGUUUCCAUGCCUUCUUUUGCGACAAUGAAUGAAUCGAGUGGCUUUUGUUCUCUUUGGUGAUUCAUUCUGGUGUUUGAAGUUCGACUUGAGACUGAUUCUUACUCUUUUGGACCUUCUUCAAAUGCUCCUAUCGAUUCCAAAUCUAUUCGGAACACCUAUUUUCUUGAAAGCUUUUCAUAUUUAUUUUUUGAAAUCAGUCUAAAAGGUCAAAUUGCAUCUUCUCUGGCGAGAUUAUGACACACGCUCUUUUGGACUUGCUUUGGAUUAAAAAGAAAUUUUUCACUUUGCACAUGUGUCCAAGUCAAGCAAAUGCUUUUCUGAAAAAACAAGAUAUAAGCUUUUUUGGAACGUUUAGAGCGCUCUGUUUUCAUUGCCUCCCGAUUGAAAGGAAGAAUUCGUUUUUGAGGGCUUUCGAAGAUUUUCAUUUCUCACAGGUUAAAAAUUUAAAUAUUUAGUAGAGAAAUAGUAUUUUUCAAAUUUUUACUUUGAGUAAAUUUUAAAAAUUAGGUUUUCAGUAGACUUCGUCAAGCAGAAUGAUCUAACAGUUUUUUUUUACUACUGAAAUUUUUAUAAAAGUUGAGUUUAUAUUUUUAUUUUCUCAAAGAAGUAGUUCAGAGAUUUUUCGAAGGGUUGUUAUUGCCAAAUAUGUUUUUUCUUGGUUAGCCUGUACUUUUAUUGUCGAAACUCUAGGCCUAUUGUCAGGUCUUCCAACGACUUUUCGCCUUUAAAUUUCUGUUCUUUUCUCUCUUAUAAACAAGUCUUCAUAAAACCUGCAAUUUUGACUCGAACACUGGGCAAAGCAGGAGGUACUCGAACGAAUAAGGUAUAAUGCGGAAGCUGUUUGAAGACUUCCUGCAUGUGAAGUGUGCUUUCGAGCAUCGUUCCCAUUUGUUUUCUGUGAUGUGAUGCGAUCGUUUUUCUUCUUCCUUUUUCCCGUUCUCUACAAAUGCAUUGGAAAAAUUGGUGGUUGGGCGAAAAAAGAAAGAGUGAUGGUUGUGGGGGAAAAAAUUGGUUUCCUGCUAUCUUCUUUAUAGCAUGAUGUCCAAAAGGUUUGUGGAUGACUAAGAAAAAAAAACGGUUUAUGCUGUGUUCAGAAAUCAUUUCUUUGCACUUAGAAAAAGACUCGGAAAGAUCUCCUUUUUGAAGACAAACAUGCUGAAGUACAUUGGAAUUGGUCAUCUAGCUCAAUUCAUCAAACAUCUAAUUUGUUUCUCGCUUUCUGGAAAAAUAAAAAAUCAGCAAAUGUGCAGAAAAGAUGGAAAGUUGAUCGGAGAGCAACGGUUUCCUCGCCGAUGGAAUUAGCGGCGUCACAUGUGCUUCGCUUCUGAUUCCUUAUCGUUCGCGAACACGCGAUCUUCGGCUUUCGCGUGCCUCUUUUCAUGUUUUUUGAGUCGUCCUCAAAAAAUAGUUAAAAAAGAUGGUCGCUUUUCAAAAAUUUCGAUCAUUUUGACGUACCGAAGAAGGAAAACAACUUCUGACCUCUUUUUCCGUCGCUUUCAAUGGGACAUGUUUCUGGUAUGAAUUGAAAAGACGAAAUAAACCAAAGUUGUUGAAAAGAACAGCUCCUCAACGUCAAAGUUGUACAUAAUUUUUAACUAUCUGUAGUUUGUGUAGCCUUAGUCAAAACAUAAAAAAUUACAUUUUUGGUUUUGUUAUUUCACAUUGUCUUUUCAAGUUCAAAACACCCAAAUCGCAAUCUAAAAGAUCAGAAAGUGAUCCAUUGAAGAGCAUCAAAAUAAUAUAUGGAUAGAUCGCAGAUAAUUAGGAGAGGCGUGAAUUUGCAUAACGGAAUAGUAAUUACUCAACCUUUGAGGUGUCUUACUUCCUGCGAAAAAAAAAAUAAAGGACCUUUUGAGUUAUUUUCUGAUGGCCCUUUCAAAUUCUUAUCGUUUUUUGAAUACCGUUUCAAAAAGGUUUAACAUCUUUGCGUUUUUUAUGCUUGAGGUCUCAAAGGAAAAUCUGCGACUUUGUAUAAACGAGCGAUUGAACAAAAAGCUUUUCUGUUUCCAAGAACCUAGUGAUUCAGAGUGCAAAAAAUUGUAUUUGAUAUCUUCUAGACGGGACGGAAAUGUUUCUCUGCUGUAAAACUACAUUUAUUCGAUUAUCGCAGCAAAUCAAGGAGCUAGAAAUUCUCAUUAGUUCCGGUUAUUUUGGGGUUGACAUCAGAUCUAGGCUUUUCUAAGACGGAAAUCGUGUUAAUUCAGUUCCGAUCUCCUGGAAAUAUCUUAAAAUAGAAGUGAAUCGAGAAACUUCAGGUAGUGGAGGUGAAAGGACCUGGGGACAAACUUUCGACGAAGCAACGACUUUGGCUCGAUUACUUCUCGAGACAUGGAAUUCGUGCUGAAGUCUGCCACGUCGUUGGUCAGUUCGUCUGA